UUAUUUUCCUUGUAUUCACAUUGAAACUCUUCAUUACAUUGGGGGAAAAAAAAAAAGGGAAAAAACACCAAAAAGGAAGAUCCGAAAAGUUUCCCACGAAAAUCUCAGAUUCUGGGAAAAGAAAGUUAAAGGAAAUCAACAACUAGAGAAUAAGGAAAUUUUUCAUUCCAAUCGGAAUAUUAUUUGGGCAGAGAUUUGUCUUUUUUUUUUUUUUUUUUUGCUUCCUUCUUGGAUUUGUUCAAACUAUAUAAAUCUAUCUUUGUGGGGGACACCAAAAAAACAAAAACAAAAAAAAGUUAAAUUUAAGAAGAAGAUCGUUUUUUCACAUUUUGUUCUUCAUCGGUAAAAAGGAACAAUCUUUAUUUCUCCUCUUUUCUCUUUGUGUUUUUGAUCAUUGUGAUCAUCGUUCUUCUUCUUCUUAUUACUUAGACGCAACAACUCUUAACAAACGAUUUCGUCUCUGGUUUCUUCUUUUUUUUUUUCUCUCUCGGAGAACAUAAAAAAGAGUUCUUUUGAUUUUUUGUCUCUCUCUCUCUCUCUCUCUGUGUGACUGUUUGUUUUUUAUAACGAGCCAUGUCCGAAACUCAGCAGCAGGUUCAGAACUCUACUGGGUCGAUUCGAUCUCCCGAGAAAAUUGAAGAUACCUUCAGGAGGGUGAAAGUUGAUGAAGACAAUAUGGAGCAAUCUAGUCCAUAUCCUGAUCGUCCUGGUGAGCGUGAUUGCCAGUUCUUUUUGAGAACUGGGCAGUGUGGCUAUGGAAACACCUGUCGAUACAAUCAUCCUCUUACUCAUCUCCCUCAGGGUGUUAUUUAUUACAAAGACCAAUUGCCCGAGAGGAUUGGACAGCCAGACUGUGAGUAUUUUCUGAAGACAGGAGCCUGUAAGUAUGGCCCAACGUGUAAAUAUCACCACCCAAAGGACAGGAAUGGUGCAGGACCCGUGCUGUUCAAUGUUCUCGGUUUUCCUAUGCGACAGGGUGAGAAAUCAUGCCCAUAUUACAUGCAGACAGGAUUGUGUCGUUUUGGAGUUGCCUGCAAAUUCCAUCAUCCUCAUCCCCAGGCUCCUAAUGGCCACUCUGCAUAUGCAAUGUCUAGCUUUCCUCCGUCUGUUGGUUUUCCUUAUGCCAGUGGAAUGACAAUGAUGUCUUUGCCUCCUGCAACAUAUGGAGCUAUGCCUCGUCCUCAAGUGCCUCAGUCUCAGGCCUAUAUGCCCUUCAUGGUUGCACCCUCUCAAGGUCUUAUACCUCCUCAAGGCUGGGCUACUUACAUGGCUGCAUCUAACCCUAUUUACAAUGUGAAAACUCAACCCGACUCUAGUUCUAGUGUAUCGGUGCCUGUGGCUGUGACAUCACAUCAACACAUAUCUGAAAGAGCUGAAUGUAGGUUUUUUAUGAACACUGGAACAUGUAAAUAUGGAGAUGAUUGCAAAUACAGUCAUCCGAAAGAAAGGUUGUUACAAUCACCACCAAAUCUCUUGAACCCUAUUGUUCUUCCAGUAAGACCAGGAGAACCAGCAUGUGGUAACUUCAAGGCCUACGGAUUCUGCAAGUUUGGAGCAAGCUGCAAAUUUGAUCACCCAAUGCCACUAAACCCUUAUAACAAUACGGGCAUGGCCAUGUCUCCUCUGCCUACUCCUUAUGCCUAUGCUCCACCUGUUUCAGCUCAUCUUAGGAUCUCAUCGCCACCAAUCCCUUCUGAUUCGACCACCCUCCCCAAUGGUAAACCCACUCCAGAGUCUCAAAGCUCAGAGACUGAGAAACAAGAUGAUGAUAUUCCUACAGAACCGGAGAAAACAGAAGUGCAUAACUCAUUGCCAACAAGCACCCUGCCCAAUGGUAAGCCUGAUGUAGAGAAUCCAAGUUCAGAGACUGAGAAACAGGAAGAGAAUGUUGCACAACCGGACAGCUCAAAAGUGCAGGAUCCAUCUGAUAAAUCUACAUGAUCUCAGAACCAAAUAUCAUCAUCACAAUCUGGCUGAGUCUUUCCCUCUCAGGGGGUAUCUAACGAUCUCAAAAAAUUGAUCUCUCUGCCCUUUUUGUUAAUUUUUUGGAAGGAGGGCUUGGAAAUGUUCUAUCCUUUUUGGUUUCUUUUUUCUUUCUUUUUCUUUUGGUUUCGGAGACAGCCAUGGCUGAAACAAAAUAGGAAAAGAACAGGGUUUCGAUUUGGUUAAUAAAACUUUGACAUCAUUUAGCCA